CGUAAUAUGAUACCACUCCACCGCCAAUUUUUAUAAUGGAUCCACCGCCGGUUUAUUACAUUGUUUGCAAAUCCGAUCAUCAGAUUCAGAUAGCCUUAAAGAAAAAGAAAAAACACGUCAAAAAAGACAUAUCAACACCUUUGUCUUCUUGCUUUCUUCGCCCUUACUUCAUUCAACUCACGACGAUCAAUUCGAGACCAAUCUCAAAAACCAUCAUGACGACAAGUAUUAGACUUCUCUUCCUCGCUUUCCUUCUUCUUGCCUCACCUUUCCUCAAAGUUGCUUUGUGCCAAUCGGAUUCGGAAGAUUCUGGCUUUGAAGUUUCUGAUGUUGGUGAAGAAGAGAGUGAUACAGAGGAAGUGUUUGGUUUGGAACUUAGUUCAGCUCCUGGAGUUGAAACCCUUUGCGUUUUCCCCAAAAACACUGCAAAAAUAAUAAAAGCUGGAGUUGAGACUGAGCUGCUUGUUGGAAUGAAAAAUGAUGGUCAAUCCAAUGUAGAUAUUGUUGCGGUUAAAGGGAGUUUACAUCUUCCUUUUGAUCAAAAUGCGGUUCAGAAUCUCACUGCUUUGAGUUUCAGCAAUGCAUCUGUGUCAACUUCCGCUCAAGCUACCUUCCCAUAUGUCUUUGCUGUCAGCAAGUUCCUGCAGGCGGGUGCUUUUGAUUUAGUUGGCACCAUCAUCUAUGAGAUAGAUGGUAAGCCAUACCAAAGCACCUUUUACAAUGGAACUAUUGAAGUUGUUGAAGACGGUCCUCUCUUCAGGAUGGAGUCAUUCUUCCUUAGUGGCCUUUUAAUUUUUGUUAUCGUUCUUCUUGCCCUCUAUAUCCAAAAUUGUUUAAAGCAUAUGACCAAGAAAACAAAGAGAGCACCAAAAGUUGAAGUUGGAACAGCAGCUAAAGAUGCUUCGCAUGAUGAAUGGCUUGAGGGUACUUCGUACACUCAAUCUUCGAGUAAGUCAAAGAAGAAGAAGUAGGUUAAGAGCAAAUCUCAACACGUUAUAUUAAGAAACCAAAACACACACGAACAAUACUAACGGUGCAGUUGUUGGUAGAGAGAUCCUCCUUCCUUGUGUAACUUCACAAAAACUUAACUGUUUUCUCUUUUUUUUCUUUAGCGAUAGCUAUUUCAAGGAAACAGUUUUCUUAAUUAUGUUUCUUUAGUAAUUUUGUCAGAAUUAAUUUCUUUUUCGAAGAAAAUUACAAUUCCAAUUUCUA